CAGUCUUAUCAAUGUGUCAUUAGCUUGAAGAAAUCGCUAAAGUGUGAACACUAUAGUGUUAUGUGAAUAAGGAAAACAGGCCUUAUGUGAUUAUAUGUACUGGAAGCUACUGUACUUUGAAUUUAUUAUUAUAUAGCCUAGAUCUUGAUACAUGAUUCGUACACAUGGAUGAUUUGAUGGAUUACAAUAAAUUCCAUGUAUGUUUUGUUAUAUUGAUUGGUAUUGGUCUCUUUCAUCAAGUACAGAUAGCCCAAUGCCAAGAAGUUUCCACGUCUGCCACCAUAGCAGACGACAAUGAGACGGCGGUUGCUUUGCCGUCUGACUGCUGGUGUGUGUGUGACUUAACUGACAACAAGGUCACUGACCUUGAGAGGAUUAAGACGAUCCAGCGAGCGACCGAGAUUAGAGAUAAUCUGUUACUUGAUAAGGAGAGUCUCUCAGCCACAAAGCGGAAAAAAUACUCCGUCAUGGAUGACCGCACCUACUCCCAGGCCGUGGGCUAUAUCGGGGUGGUGACCUUGACCCUGGUGUUCCUGACCUUGGUCUGGAUGGACGCCUCCUACAUCAAACACUUUGCUCGGUCUCUGCAGUUCGGCGGGAAGGGGAAAGAACUGUAGAUGCAA